CGGUCCGACGACUUUGGCGCCGGUGUUCCGGAGGAGCUGCGGAGCUGAGCUGGUGUGCCCGGCAGCAGGAGAGGUCAGUUGAACGGUGGCAGUGGCCAGAGAGUGGUCCAGAGGAGGCAUUCUCCUCGGAUUGAGACGAGCAGCUGCCGUACCUGCUGAGCCGCGAGCGCAGUGAAUCGACCCGAGCCCGUACUUCGAGAGCUGCUCUGCCGUCGGUUCAGGCGCCAUGUCUCUGUGGACGGUGUCGGUGGCGGUGCUGGCCGCGCUGGUGACGGCCGACGCCCAGGGCCAGGGCCCGUUCGAGCUUACCAUCGUCCAGUACAACCCGCCCAUCAACCCCGCCGAACGGGAGUACUACAUGAGUCGCGUGCGGCGCACAGUGGAGCUGGUGGAGGCGCAGGGCGGCGGUAACGUCCUCCUGCUCAACACGGGCGGCGCCACGCUGUCCCGACGGGACGCGGCCGCCUACUCCGCCGUGUCGCCCGACGCCACGGCCCUGUCCCUGAGCGACUUUGACGAGGGUCUCGAGGGCGACGGCGGCCUCCUGGCCCGCCUCACCGCCUCCGGGGAGAAGUUUGUGGCCGCCAACCUCAACUCGACCCGGCUGGGCGACCUCGUCUCCAAGUCCGUGGUGACCCGCUUCGGCGACUACAGCGUCGCCGUCAUCGGAUUCGUCUCACCGUACCUGAACGUGCUGCUCCGGGAGGACGACGACUCGCACAUCGGCUCCGAGGUGAUGGCCGUUCGCGCCGAGGCCAGCCGGCUGCAGGACCAGGGCACCGACAUCAUCAUCGCUAUGGGUAACGCCGGCCACGCGGCCAACAUGGAGCUGGCCAAGCUGGUGCCCACAGUAGAUGUGGUGGUUUCUGCGCCAACCGAGGUGCCCGGAGCCGACUUCCCCCAGAUGGUGACCAGCGCUGGCCGGCCGCGUGAGAUACCCCUGAUGGAGAUCCCGACCCGCACCGGUAACACCAUCGGCGUCACUCGGCUGUUGUUCAACGCGCGCGGCGAGAUGAAGCGCGGCGUCGGACUGUACAAGGCCGUCAAGCAGGGCACUGCCGACACUCUGGACCGUGAGACUGCCGAGAUCCUGCGUCUGCGUCCCGAGGACAACGAGGUCAUUGGCCACAGCUCCGCCGACAACAAGAUCGAGAGCGAGGAGCCGGCAUCUGCGCCGUCCGCCGCCGCCGCGCCGUUCCGGCCGCGCCCGCCCGUGGCAGCGCCCAGCGGCGAGGUCCUGGCCACCUCGACUGGCGUCAUAUCCGGCCUGGGCAGCGACUGCCAGGACAAGGAGUGUGCCAUGGGAAAGCUGAUCGCUGACGCCAUCAAAUGGAGGCUGGGAGGCCGGAUCAACGCUGCCGUCGUGGGCAGCGGCGUGUUCAGCGGCUCCUGGUCCGGCGACAUCCGCGAGUCGGACGUCGCCACCUCGCUGAUGGACGACGCCACCGUCUACAUGGGCCGUCUGCGCGGCACCACCCAGCUGAUGCAGCUCUUCAUGCAGGCCACCAUGAGCAACACAGAGUUCCUGCACGCCUCCGGCGUCACCAUGAACGUGGACCCCAAGACGCACGCGGUCUCCAACCUGCUGAUCGAGUGCAGCACCUGUGUGCCCAGCGGACUGCGCGAGCCACACAGCGACAUGCCCUACACGCUGAGCUUCGUGACGGGCGCCAACAGCAAGCCGUCCGUGUUCCAGGACGUUCGCGAUACCGGCCUCUCGCUGAAGAACGACGUGGUGAUUCCGUACCUGCGCCGCUACCGGGAGCUGCAGGUGCCCUCCGACAGUCGGAUCACGAUGACCUCCACCGGCUCCACCCACACCGACUCGCGCGUCAGCCAGACGCUCAACGCUGCUGAGGCCGAGGGCCCGGUGCACGCGGCGGUACCGGCGCCCGCCCAGCGCCCGGUCCGGGUGCAGGCCCAGGUGCCGGCGGCCGCUCCCGCUCCGGUGGCCGCUCCGGCCCCUGCUCCUGCCCCGGCUCCGGCUCCGGCCCCUGCUCCGGCCCCGGCCCCGGCUCCGGUUGCCGUCCCGGUGGCGGCGCACCCCGCUCACGGCGUGAUGGCCCACCUGCCACCACCACCCACCGACAGUGAGGCAGACCGCGUGGCUCACCAGCAGGCGGCUGAGGCGUACCGGCAGGCGGUGAUGGCGGCGGUGCAGCAGGCUGCCUCCGGACAGUCGGGCCAGCACUACACCAGCGAGCAGCAGAUGGCCCUGGCCGAGCUCUACAACAGUCUGGCCGGCCGGCCCACCAGCAGCGGCGUCGUCGUGCAGCAGCCCGUGGUCACAGUCGCUGGCCAGAACGGAGUGCCUGUCGCUGUCGCCGGCCAGACCGGUGUGCCAGUCACCAUUGCUGGCCAGGCGGGAGUGCCCGUCGCUAUCGCUGGUCAGAAUGGCGUGCCUGUCACGAUUGCCGGCCAGGCGGGCGUUCCUGUCACGGUGAUCGGCGGAGACGCUCAGACUCUGGCGCAGCCCGAGUCGGUGGCCAACGACGACCAGCUGCCGGCGCUCCUGCAGUCCAUCACCGGCCACCAGACGCAGCAGCAGCAGCAGGCCGGCAUUGACGGCGUCAGCAGCCUGCUGCCCUCGUGGCUGACCUCCAGCGCGCAGCAGACAGACGCGGCCGGCGGCGAGGAGGGCGGCAUCUCCCAGUACCUGCCGUCCUGGCUGAGCGGCCAGUCGGACCAGCCCCAGCAGGCCGGCGCCGUGCCCGUGGGCGCCGACGGCACCGAGCAGGAGGACUCGAGCGUGGCCGGCCAGGUGCUCCGCGCCGCCAUGGUGGUGCCCCCCGCGCUGCUCGGACUCAGCCUGGCCGCCGGCCUCGUGCUCUAGACUGGCCGGUGAUGAUACCUCCCGUGAGGGAGCACCGAACGCUGGCCAGCUGGUUUUAACUGCAACAUGGAAAUGUGGUCCCCGUCGGACAGCAGCAUCAGUCUCCACAAUGGAGAGGAGCGCUGAGCCAACGGGAAGUGCAGCUCAUGUCUAACGUGUUAUCUGUUGUUAAUUUAUAGCCUAACGAGGGCAGAAAAAUAUUUAUUAUGUGAGAUUGUUGUGAGCGUGAAUGAUUGUCUCUUGGCUCAGUGGUUGGGCUCUUCUUGACUAUGUGCAUAAAUAUAUAACGAACAAAACAAAAACAG